ACUCCAAUACACCAUGGUAUGGAUUGAGACGACAAUACACCCGAUCACACCACUCUCAAACGCAAAUCUGUUUUCCAAAAAAAGAAAAGCAAGAAAAAGAGGAAGAAAGAGAAAGAACUCUCUCUAUCUCUCUGCGAGAAAAUGGCUCAGCCCUCGCCGGAAAACCUGAUCCUCGUCGACGUAGAGCCGAACGGGAUCGCUUCCAUCACGAUCAACCGCCCAAAGUCGCUGAACUCGCUGACGAAGGCCAUGAUGACGGACCUCGCGCAUGCGUUCAAGGCCCUGGACCGCAACGAGUCGGUCAGGGUCGUCGUUCUGUCCGGGGCGGGUCGAGCAUUCUGCUCCGGCGUGGACCUGACGGCGGCGGAGGACGUUUUCAAGGGCGACGUGAAGGACUUGGGGGCGGACCCGGUGGCGCAGAUGGAGCGGUGCCGGAAGCCGAUAAUCGGCGCUGUGAACGGAUUUGCCGUCACGGCGGGGUUUGAGAUCGCACUCGCCUGCGAUAUUUUGAUCGCUGCCAAAGGAGCUAAGUUUAUUGAUACUCACGCAAGAUUUGGGAUAUUUCCUUCAUGGGGACUCUCUCAAAAGCUUUCGCGCAUUAUAGGACCCAACAAAGCUCGUGAGGUAUCACUAACAGCCACGCCUCUGACUGCAGAGGUAGCUGAGAGAUUAGGCGUCGUGAACCAUGUUGUUGAAGAAGGUCAACUAUUGAAUAAAGUCCGAGAAGUUGCAGAGGCAAUUAUUAGAAAUAAUCAGGAUUUGGUGUUGAGAUACAAGGCAGUUAUAAAUGAUGGCCUCAAUCUGGACCUGGGUCAUGCUCUUUCACUGGAAAAGGAGAGGGCUCAUGACUACUACAAUGGAAUGACCAAAGAGCAGUUCAAGAAGAUGCAGGAAUUUAAAGCGGGUCGCGGCUCAAAAAAACCUUCUUCCAAGUUGUAGUAGAAUGUUGGCUAAUGUGUUUCUCUUCUGUUGUAGAAAAUAAACAUGUUUCGGCAGCCAGAAGUUGCUACAUUAUGUUGUGCUAAAGGGUCAUGUGGACUUUGUUAACCAAUACAAGUGAACACCUGUUAUACGGUUUCCUUUGACCAAAUUAAUAAAAAAGUUUCCAAGUUAUUUAUG